AUGCAGAUACAGGCGCACGACUACCUAUGCAUUUCUUUCGCUUGUUGCGUUGACAAGAUUGCACGACACAACGGCUCCCCUUACACUCCAAAUAAGAAGAGAGCAAUCAGUGAACAGCAAGAGAUGGGACAAGACUCCAUCCCUCCACAACCCACUGAGCGACGGGGGCUCACCGCUAUGCGGUUUGGGCACCCAGAGGGUCCUGGCGGGCAGGACAGAGAUACCACCGUAGACUUGACACCAUUUCCAUGA